GGCAUCUCCCCCCACCUCGCCCCUCGCCCCGGUGCCCCCUCCCCAGGACGCCGCGGGGGCCAUGGCUGCGGGAUCCGAACUUUAAACACUUCUCCCCGGACCGGAGCGGAUGCGCAAAGCCCAGAAAGGCCGGCUCCGCCAUGGACUGUAGCUGCGUCUCCGACCUUCUCUUCGCCCCGCCCGCCCUGCCGGCUCUCUGGACCCCCGGGUUUGCCUUCCCGGAUUGGGCUUACAAGCCAGAGUCAUCCCCUGGCUCGAGGCAGAUCCAGCUGUGGCACUUUAUCCUGGAGCUGCUGCAGAAGGAGGAGUACCAGGGCGUCAUAGCCUGGCAGGGGGACUACGGGGAAUUCGUCAUCAAAGACCCUGAUGAGGUGGCCCGGCUGUGGGGUAUUCGCAAAUGCAAGCCCCACAUGAAUUACGACAAGCUGAGCCGGGCCCUGCGUUACUACUACAACAAGCGGAUUCUCCACAAGACCAAAGGGAAGAGGUUCACCUACAAGUUCAACUUCAGCAAAGUCGUGCUUGUCAAUUACCCGCUGCUGGACAUGGCGGCAGCUGCCACUGGCUCCCCACUCUUGCUGACCCCCAGUCCCUUUGGGGGGGCCCCAGGGCCAGAUGCUCCUCCCCUCACCCCUGAGACCCUGCAAACCCUGUUCUCUGCCCCACGCCUGGGAGAGCCAGGGGCCCGGACACCCCUAUUCACCUCCGAGACAGAUAAACUGCGUCUGGACAGCCCUUUCCCGUUCCUGGGCUCUGGUGCCACCAGCUAUUCCAAGCCCCCUGGCCUGCUGGGUCCUUAUGGCCGCGCCUUCCCCGAGUACCCCUGGAACUUUAACCCGUACCUCACGGGCCCCUUCCCCAAGCUGCCUCCCUCUCUCUACCCCCCGCACUUCUACCCCAACCCUCUGGCCAGUUCCCUGGGCCACCUGCCCUCGUCAGGGGCAGGGGGAGGCCCCACAGCCGCGCCCCUGCUGGCCUCGACAGGGGAGGGCCUGGGCCCCGAGCGCCCCUCGGGCCUGGCAGCGGCCCCUCGCCUGGCGCUGCCGGGGGCUGGGGGUCCAGAGGCUGCCCUUGGUGGGAAGGAGGACAGCGACUCGGAGCUGGAGAUCACCGACGUCAGCGGCUGCAGCUCUGACAGCGAGGGCGAUGAGGGUCUCCCGGCACCCCCCAAGGCAAAGGCGGGCAAAGGGGGGACCGGCAGCUGAGCCGGCAGGGGGCAAUGGAUUCUGCUGAGGCAGGGACCAGGGUGGCUGCCUGUCUGCCCUUGAUGCCUGGCCCAAGGCCCAGGACCAGCCCUCAGCACCUCCCAGGUCUGGGCACAUUGCUGCCCCAGUCUCCUUCCCCAGCCCCAGAGUGGGGGUCUCACUUCCCCCUCCACAGAGGACAGAGGGAAUGUGAUGGCCUCCAGCCUCCUCCCCAGGCUCCAGUUUGAGGGGGGUCCCCGCCUGGCCCCACUCCCAAAGUGCAAUAUGGCGCCCAGCCUGCCCCGCCCGCCCACCCCUGUGCUAUGCCCCAAGUGUUUGUGUGGCCGUGUCUCCAAACCCCCUGUGCUAGCCCCAGUCCUGACACCCCCCUAUAUAGGCCCCCCUGGGGACAGGGAGCUCAGAGCAAUAACCCCGCCCCCAGCCCCCACCCAGGAGGGGCCCCCCUCCCCACCAGCUCCCCAUGAUCCCGACAGUCACCUCCAGAGAGUUUACUACAGAAAUAAAAGAACAGAGAGUGAGA